AUGGCGGCGGCAGACUACUAUAAUCCUGGCGGCGGCAACAUGCCUCAGGCGCCAGCAGUCCAAGCACCGAGACCUCAGCAGCAAUAUCCAUAUCCGCCUCAGCAAAGCAACAGCACCUUACCCUACCCAGUCUCCGACGCACCGCCACCCUACUCCCAAUUCUCCGACCACCAGCGUCCACACUCUCAGCCACCACCUCAAAACCGACCCCAACCGCACGUGAAUUUCGCACCCACCAACAACUACGGUCCAGCCGAAACCCACGCCUACCCACCCGACAAACAAAACCACCGGCCCUCCGCCAUGCACAAUGUAGUCCACGCCCAAGCGUCACCAGGGCAGUACGGCCAACCUCAACAACCACCUUAUCGCCCACCCGUUCCCCAACCCCAAUCAGGCUACCCUUUCCCAAAUGGCCUCGCACCACCACCACCCACCGAAACACAACGCCGAGCCUCAGGUAGCUCAGGCUACAGACCAGCCGUGACUCCCUACCAAGGCGACUACGACUACGACAGCCGGAGCGUGAGUCGAGAUCGUGGAAGCAGCGGCCGGCACCACCAUCAUCACCACCACGAUCAGUCAACGCAGCAGAAGAAGAAGGGCAAGAACUCCGUCAGCACUUUCUUGGGAGCUGGCGGCGGCGCAUUGAUAGGCGAUUUGAUUUUCCCGGGUCUGGGGACGAUAGGUGGUGCGGUGUUGGGUGGGGUUGGUGGACACGAGUACGGGAAGCAGAGGCGGAGUUAUAGUAAUGUGGACGGGAGGUCGAAGAGUUAUCAUUCGUCCAGGGAUUACGAUUAUGAUGAGGGAUUGGAUAGGAGAGGGAGGAGGAGGGAUGUUUAUUGA